AUGCGCUUCCAAUCCCUUGUCGCACUCGCCCUCGUCGGCCUCUCCGCCGCCCUCCCUGUCACCAAGACCAGCUCCCCGACCGUCCUCGAUCGCGGCUGCUACUGCCCCGAGGGCACCAACCCCGACUCCUUCACGAGGAAGUGCACCAGCGCAAAGGGCAAGACUGUCGACCAGAUCUGCCCCGUCUCGAAGCGCCAGCCCCAGGAGACAAGGGGCAAGAAGUGCCACUGCCCCGACGACACCAUGCCCGACAUUGUCUCAGGCAAGUGCGUCGUCGUCCAGACCGACAACGUCAUCGACAAGGUCUGCGUAUAG